UUUCAUUGAUUGUGUCAAUUCAUUCAUUUCGUUUGUCAGUUGCUCAUCGAGGAUAUGUAUAUUCCGUUUUGCUGGAGUUUCUCGAAUUGAUAGUGUGAAAUAGUUUAAAUUUAAAUCCCACCAUCAUUUGAUAGUGAAAAUGGACGUCGAGGAAUGUCUCAAGGAAUGGGAAGAUUUAUUAUCAGAUUACAGACGCUUGGAGACUGUAAAUAAAGAUUAUAUUGCAAAAUUAGAAGAAGUUGGAGAGCUCCAGUCACAAUGUAUGAAAGAGUUGGAACACCAGCGGUAUCGCAUAAAUGUUAUCUCGGGAGCAUUGAAAAGGUUAGAAACGAAAGGCGUAACAAAAGAUGAGCGCGUGGCGAAUUUGGAGAAGGAGAUUAUGAAGAGGAAAGCCAUGCUUCACGAGAUCAAAGCCACUCUGCCGAAACAGAACAGUCUGUAUCUGCGCAUCAUACUCGGAAACGUCAACGUGUCUAUUCUAAACAAAAAUGACAAAUUCAAAUACAAAGAUGAAUACGAGAAAUUCAAGCUGAUACUAAGUGCGAUAGCAUUCGUCUUAGCGGUUUUAAAUCUGUACAUAGAUUUCAGGCCUUUACAACUCAUACUGAUAUUCCUGUUGGUGUGGUACUACUGCACGCUCACGAUAAGGGAGAGUAUCUUGAAGGUGAACGGCUCCAGGAUCAAGGGCUGGUGGAGAUUGCACCACUUCGUGUCCACGGUGGUCGCAGGGAUAUUACUCAUUUGGCCCCAGAAUGAACCAUGGAAUCAGUUCCGGCACACUUUCAUGUGCUUCAUCGCUUACAUAAGUGUGGUACAAUAUAUGCAGUUUAGGUACCAAAGCGGGGUCCUAUACAGGCUAAAGGCCUUAGGUGCCAGGCACAAUAUGGACAUAACAAUUGAGGGUUUCCACUCGUGGAUGUGGCGAGGACUGUCGUACCUGCUUCCCUUCUUGUUCGGAGGCUAUGUGUUCCAACUGUACAUUGCUUACACGUUGUACAACCUCAGUUAUCAUCCGGAAGCAACAUGGCAGGUGGCAGCUUUAAGCAUGUCGUUCCUGCUCCUCGGCAUCGGGAACACAGCGACCACACUCUUUGUCAUACCUCAGAAACUCAGCGAACAGGUGUCUUACCUGGCGGCUUUAUAUCUUUUGCUGCAUUUUUGCAACAUGUACACAAUACUGAGGACCCUGCGCAAGAAAACGCAAGGUGGACUCAAGCUGCGAUACAAAUUGCGAGCGAUCGCUUACCGCCUGUCCAAUGAGGUCGCCGUAUUGGAGCAAAAGUGGAGACAAAAUAGAGUGGAAACCAAAUCAGAGUAAGAAUGUGGUUGGCCUAAUUGUUGAUGUGAUUAUAUGUCGGUGAUUAAUAAAUAAAAUAAUAUUACUAAUGUUUCUAAAUCAAUGAACAUACAGUUUAUAUUUUCGUAUUAAAUGGUGUUUGAAACUAUAUAAUAUUGUAAAUAUAUUUAUUUCAUAAUAUUUACAA